AUGCCCACUUUGAUACUUGACCCCGGGAGGGCACGUAAGGAAUUGGGCGAAAUGCUAAAUGAAGAAUUACUCGGUGUCAGAAUAGAGUCUGGACUUGAUCCGGAGAAUCCUUCCGAGACGAUUAUAUCAUUGGUUAUUGUAAGGCGUAUCAGCGGUAAGGUAUGCAUCUUUGAUGUCCUUAAAAGUCCAAGUAUACUUCAUGACGAUCACUUCCAAGCUCUUAUGGCGAGAGAUCGGCCACUUAAGGUGAUGUUUCAUCCAGAGCACGACAGCAAGCUACUUUGGCAAUUCAGCAGAUUGCGUCUCCAUGGUGUGUUUGACCCACAGACACUUUACUUGGUAAAGGAAUCAAUAGAGAUGAAGUUACCGACACGAAAACUUCACAGAAAGAAUCUCACGGACCUUUGUCGGCUUUGCCAUGUUGAAUGUCAUUACGACAAAAGGUUGGUAAACAAAAUGCUCCGAGACAAUCCAUCACUGUUUAUGGAACGGCCGUGUUCGGAUCGCUUGCUGAAUAUUCUGAUGGAAUCUGCAAAAUGCCUUAUUCUUCUGUAUGAAGAAACGAAAUGUCUGUUAGAUGUUGCCGUUCUUCAGGAGAAAUAUUCUCAAAUGCUGGAUGAAUGUUUGUAUGGUGGUAUUCAAGGUUCUGAGACAAGUCAUCUCAAAAGACAGAAAAUGGAACGGAACUAUUAUGAGACGAAACGGUUUCGGAAGAAAAACGGAUCUCAAGCUCUUACAAAAGGGGACAAAGAACUUUUAAGGCGAGGGCGCUUAACAUGUUUUUGA